AUGGAAAAGUAUAUUGAUAUCUCACAAAUUCAGCCUUACAAAUGCAACAAGCGACUGGUUAUUUCACUGAAUCCUCUACCACAUUCUGGUUCAACGGCAAACAAUGAGGCAUCAUGCAAUACUUGCAAAAGAAAAUUGACUGAACCUGAAUUAUAUCGCUAUUGCUCCAUUUCUUGCAAGGUUAGAGCUGUUUUAAGUAACCCUGAUGAUUCAACUCCUCCUUUCAUUUCCAUCCAGACUCCUCGUCUUCCCCCUCAGCAGGAAAAGCAAGAGGAAACUAAUUCUGAACCUCAAAAGCCACAAAAGAGGAAAAGAAAGGGAUCACCCCAUAGAGCUCCCUUCUUCUGA